AUGGAGGAUAACCAUGACGAUCCCAAGGUGACUACCGACGACGAUAAAGGUGUAAUCAGCCUCAGCAACAGCCCGGAUAUCAGCAAUGGCUCUUAUUCCAACAGCCCUCACAUCUGGCUCGUCGGCGGCGGCAUCGCUUCACUGGCUGCCGCUGUCUUUUUGAUUGAUGAUGCCAAUGUGCCGGGCAGCCACAUUCAUAUUCUCGAGGCGUCUUCGAAAGCGGGCGGAUCGAUAGCGUCAUUCUCGAAGCCGUCCUGGGACACAGGGUAUAGGGUAUCUGCGAUUCGAAAAAUGAGCCUCACGUAUCACUGUUUAUAUGGCAUGCUAGAAAAAGUACCUUCUGAGACAGAGGGCGAGACAUUAGCUGCCAGGCUUCGUCGCUUCAAUCAGGAAAGUAAGAAGUUGGGUGCCUCUGGAUCAAGGUUAGUGAGGCAGGUCUUUGACGAGAAUGGGAGAGAAAAGCCAGAGGCAGUCGAUGUCAGCACCAUGGGUUUGAGUGUGAAGAACCAAUGCGACUUGAUGAGGGUCGUUCUCGAGACAGAAGAGGAGCUGGAAGGGCUUGAGAUUCAAGCGUUAUUCGAGCCAGAUUUCUUUGAGACGAACUUUUGGGAUCUGUGGUCUUCCCUCAAUCGCUUUCACCCUUGGUGUAGUGCUGUUGAGUUCAGACGAUGCCUGCACCGAAUGAUGCACGAGUUUCCCAACAUGGGAACUCUGUCGGGCGUUGAGCAGGCACCCGAGGAAGAUUUUCAAGCUAUUAUUAAGCCAUUGUCACAAUAUCUAAAGGCAUCAGAUGUCGAAUUUCGUCACGGAAUAUUGGUCAGCGGUUUGGAAAUUGAGGAUAUCGGCCCUGACUUUCGGGUAUCUGCCCUGAAGACCUAUCAAGACGGCAAACAUGUGCAGUUAACGUUGGGACCCGACGACAUCGUCCUCCUCACGCUUGGCUCAUUGACUUCGGGAAUGGGAUAUGGCACAAACGAGCAGCCUCCUCCGACAAUGGAACUGCGCGAUUCAGCACCCCACGAGCUUGACCCUUCGUGGACAUUCUGGGACAGGCUUGCUUUGGAGCGUCCACAAACGUUUGGCAACCCGGAAGCUUUCUUUGAUCGGCCUUCUAAGUCAACUUGGCUCUCUUUCACCGUCACCCUUCGUGACCCAGCUUUCUUUGAGCAUCUUUGCAAAUGGACUGGCACGUUAACGGGGUCUGUACCUCUAUUGACUUUUCGUGACUGUCCCUGGAUGCUUUCCCUGACCAUUCCCCAGCAACCGUAUGUCAAAGACCAGCCCGACGGCGUGUUUGUAUUCUGGGGCUAUGGUCUAUUCCCCGAUCAACAGGGUCGAUAUGUCAGGAAACCAAUGCUCGAGUGCACAGGCGCUGAGAUCCUGACGGAGCUACUCCACCUCAUGGCCUUUCCCCUUCAGCCGACACUCGAGCGCUCCAUCACCAUCCCUUGUCUGAUGCCAUUGAUCGGUAGUCCAUUCCUCACGCGCAAGAAGGGCGAUAGACCAAAGGUGAUCCCCGAUGGAAGCAAAAAUUUGGGUCUGAUGGGACAGUUCGUUGAGAUCGAGCGUGAAGUGACGUUUACUAUGGAGUAUUCGGUGCGGUCAGCGCAACUGGCUGUGUAUGGACUAAUGGGCUUGGAUAAACAACUCCCGGGGGUACAGGGCGAAGAUCAUGAGGUUUUGACAUUGGGAAUGGCGUUAAAAACGAUGAUGACUUAG